AUGGCUGAUCUACGAGGACGUAAGAUCUUCAAGGUCUUCAACCAGGAUUUUAUUGUGGAUGAACGAUACAAUGUCACUAAGGAGCUUGGUCAAGGUGCAUAUGGUAUUGUCUGUGCCGCCACGAACAUUCAAACCGGUGAAGGUGUCGCUAUCAAGAAAGUCACCAAUGUCUUCAGCAAGAAGAUCUUGGCUAAGCGCGCCUUGAGAGAAAUCAAGUUACUUCAACAUUUCCGAGGCCACCGCAAUAUCACUUGUCUCUAUGACAUGGACAUUCCGCGCCCAGAUAACUUCAACGAAACAUAUCUGUAUGAAGAGUUGAUGGAGUGUGAUCUCGCCGCUAUUAUCCGUUCCGGACAACCCUUGACCGAUGCCCACUUCCAGUCCUUUAUUUAUCAGAUUCUGUGUGGCUUGAAGUACAUCCACUCGGCCAAUGUUUUGCAUAGAGAUUUAAAACCCGGAAACUUGCUGGUCAAUGCCGAUUGUGAACUCAAGAUUUGCGAUUUCGGAUUGGCGCGUGGUUUCUCGAUUGAUCCGGAAGAGAACGCAGGUUACAUGACCGAAUAUGUCGCGACAAGAUGGUAUCGUGCUCCGGAAAUUAUGUUGAGCUUCCAGAGUUAUACUAAAGCUAUCGACGUGUGGUCUGUGGGCUGCAUCUUGGCCGAACUCCUCGGCGGCCGCCCCUUCUUCAAGGGUCGUGAUUAUGUCGACCAGCUCAACCAGAUCCUGCACUACCUGGGCACCCCGAACGAGGAGACCCUGAGUCGCAUCGGCUCUCCCCGGGCCCAGGAGUACGUUCGCAACUUGCCUUUCAUGCCCAAGAUCCCCUUCCAGCGUUUGUUCCCCAGUGCCAACCCCGAUGCGCUUGACUUGCUUGACCGCAUGUUGGCCUUCGACCCCUCGUCGCGUAUCUCGGUUGAAGAGGCCCUGGAGCACCCAUACCUGCACAUUUGGCACGACGCAUCAGACGAGCCGACAUGCCCCACAACCUUCGAUUUCCACUUCGAAGUGGUGGACGACGUACAGGAGAUGCGUCGUAUGAUCUACGAGGAAGUCGUGCGCUUCCGUGCCGUCGUCCGGCAGCAGUCCCAGGCGCAGGCCGCCGCUGCUGCGCAACAGCAGCAGAUCGCCCAGCAGACCAACGUCCCGAUCCCCGAGAACCAGCAGGGCGUCUGGAAGCAAGAGGAGCCCAAGCCUCAGGAGGCGCUCGCCGCGGGCGGUGGCGUUCACAACGAUCUGGAAUCGUCCCUGCAGCGUGGAAUGGACGUACAAUAA